AAAACCCAAAGUUUCUAUGUCAAAUCAAUGUGUUUUUACAUAAUUUAACCUAAAAUGACUGAAAUGUAAGUGCUAAUUUAGUGAUAUGUUUAGUUUGAAUAACAAAUCAUCCAAAGAAUUUUACCAAAAAUCAUUUAUUAAUAACUAUCUUAUCUUGUGAAGUUUGACAUCAUUCUAACCUCAAAAAAUGACCUUUCAAAACGUAAAAAUCACGGUUUUGUACGGUUCGCAAACUGGCAAUUCACAAGAUGUUGCCGAGAGAAUCUGGCGCGAAUGUAAACGCUUUUAUUUUUCAUGUUCUGUGAAAUCUAUGGAUGAAUAUGAUGUUUUAGAGCUGAUUAAUGAGACAUGUGUGGUGUUUGUAUGUGCUACAACUGGACAGGGAGAGGAACCUGACAACAUGAAGAGUUUUUGGAGGUUUUUAUUAAGGAAGAGUUUGCCACAUGAUUCACUAAGUGGCAUAAGAUAUGGUGUGCUGGGUUUGGGGGACUCUAGCUAUGCAAAAUACAACUUUGUUGCUAAAAGAUUACAUAAAAGAAUACUUCAGUUGGGUGGCAACCCAAUUUUACCACUUGGGUUAGGUGACGAUCAACAUGAUCUAGGUUAUGAUGCCACAGUAGAUCCUUGGAUUGAACAGUUAUGGGAGAAAUUGUUAAUAUCUUAUCCUCUACCAAAAGAUCUUAAACCAUUGGACAAAAAUUUAGCUAUAUUACCAAGAUGGAAGGUAUCCUCUAAAUUGUUAGAUAAUAAUUUUUAUGUAAAUAAAACACAAUCUAUUUAUUAUUCAACAAGAAAAACUACUGAUUUUAAUCUUACAGUUUUAGAAAAUUCAAGGUUAACUUCUGGAGAUCAUUUUCAAGAUGUACGCCUUCUUAAGUUCCAAACAACAGGCCAAAAAUACAUACCCGGAGAUUUAGUGGUCUUAAGACCAAAAAACUUUCCCUGGAAAAUUGAGGAAUUUAGAAACGUUCUAGAAUCAAAUGGGGUAAAAAUUCCCCCCAAAACUGUAUUUAACUUAUCUCAAAAUGACCCUGACAUGCCUCUACCUGAAGUGCUUAAGUAUGAAGUUACAUUUCAGCAACUAUGUGAGGAAUAUUGGGAUUUAAUGGCAAUCCCAAGAAGACAUGUUUUUAAUAUCCUAGCACAAAUAACUGACAGCGAACUAGAAAGAGAAAAAUGCAUUGAAUUUACAACAGCAGAAGGCCAAAAUGAUUUAUACUCGUACACCAACAGACCUAGAAGAAAUAUAGUUGAAGUCCUAUCUGAUUUUCCACAUGCCACCAAAAACCUAACCAAAGAAUUACUGUUCGAAAUUCUUCCGCCGAUAAAACCGCGUGAAUUUUCCAUAGCAAGCAGCUGUAAGGCGCACAAAAACGAAAUACAUGUACUACUUGCCAUUGUGAGGUACAAAACUAAAUUAAUGAAAGAGAGGUUAGGUUUAUGUUCGAAUUAUUUAUCCAAUUUGACUUCCGGGGAUUCCAUUACCGCUUGGCUGAAAGGUGGCAGCUUUAAAUUCCCACAAAAACAGGAUGUUCCUGUAAUUUUGGUGGGACCAGGCACAGGGGUGGCACCUUUUAGAAAUUACAUCCUAGAAAAAGUCAAUGACAAUGUUGUCACGCCAGAAAAUAUGAUUUUAAUUUUUGGUUGUAGAAACAAAAAUAAAGAUUUUCUUUGCAAAAACGAUUUUGAGAAACUUGACAAUGAAAAGAAAAUCACUCUUAUAUGCGCUUUUUCCAGGGACCAAGACCACAAAAUCUAUGUCCAACAUCAAAUCCUAAACAACAGUGAAAAAAUAUUCAAAGCUUUAACCUCUGGAGGUUAUGUUUUUGUGGCGGGAAACGCAAAACAAAUGCCGCAAUCAGUCAGACAGGCAUUUGUUGACGUUUUGGUGAAACAUGGAAUGUCUGAUGAUGAGGCAACUAAAUUUAUAGAAACAAUGGAGAAAACCAAUAGAUACCAAACCGAAUGCUGGUCAUGAAGUUUAGAAUAGUAGAACAAAUUUUAUUUUUAUUUAUUUAUAGGAAAAUAUGGUACUUUUUAAAUAAAUAUUUAUUAUUUACAA